UAAAAUAAAGUAAAUAACAAAAUUAUUAUAACAGGUGUAAAACUAACUUGUCUUUACUUUAAGUAAUUGUUUGAGGAAGAUAUCACAUGUUAUGUGUGUUUUAUUAGUCCCAUUCUGAACACACAGGUGUGUUUUAUUCUGCUCCAGCAGGUGGCGCUAGUGCACCUUUACGCUGGUCACCGACCACCUGAAGAAGCAGAAACCAGAAGCUGCUAGCAGAGCUAGCUUGUUGUUCUGGUGUGUGAGGAGAACAUUUGAGGCUCUGCAGUAAAAAUGUCUUCACUUCAGUCUCUGGGAGAGUUGAUCAGCUAAAGCGACUAACUGCUGCUGCUGCAGAAAUCUUCUCACCAGGCUGUGGAAACUUUCUUCUCCUCCUCAACAACUUGGUGGAGUUCUUUCCAGAAGCAGAGAAGAUAUUCUGCGGUCUUCGUGACAAUCGGAGCUCCAGAAUCAGGUUGUGGAUUGAAGAGGUUCCCUCUAUCAGACUCGCUCAUCUGAGUUGGUCAUGAUGCAGGAUCGCUGCUCGCUCUCUCAUCCAUCCUGCUCACACUCUCCGACGGAAAAGCCCCGAAUCUGAAUGUGACUCUGGAGGGAAAAGCGGUUAGCUCUACUCCGUGAACUCUGCUGUUAGCUAAACACGGCUAAAGAAAACCUGCUACCACUUCAGGAUCAUCCAUCAGCUGGGACUGAUUCAUCGUGUGUUCUUCACCACCUGGACCUGGACAGCAUGGACACAGAUGUUCAACAGCUGGUGCUGGUUAAAGAAGAAGAUCCUGAAGAACAGAGUGCUGGUGUGGACCAGCAGGACCCAGAACACCUCCACAUAAAGGAGGAACAGGAGGAGCUCUGGACCAGUCUGGAGGGAGAGCAUCUCUGUUUGAAGGAGGAGACUGAAGCUGUCGGGUCUCCUGUUACUGCUGUUUCUAUAAAGAGUGAGGAUGAUGAAGAGAAACCUCUGGUCUCACAGCUUCAUCAGCAGCAAAUAGAAGACAGAGAUGUUCCAACCAGCAGCUCAGCUGACCAGAUGACCGCAGAAACUGGUGGAGGAGCAGGAACUAGCAGGAACCCAGAUCUGAACCCUCAUGAACAAACAUCUGAUUCUUCAGAGACUGAAGUUAGUGGAGAUGAUGAUGAAGAGGAUGAUGAAGAUGUGAAUCGGGACUCUGGGUCUGAAACUGGAGAUGAAGAUGAUGAUGAUGAUGAUGAUGUGAAUCUGGACUCUGAGCUGUCAGACUCUGGGUCUGAAACUGGAGAUGAAGAUGAUGACUGGAAUGAGAGCAGGUCUUCUGAGUCAGAUGGUGUCAUCCACAUAUCUGUACCAGUGGCUGGGUGCUCUCCCUUUAAAAGAGCCAAGAGCCUUUCUUUCCACUUCCUCCAUGUAAAGGUUGGCUACAAUAGGUGACAUGGGGGAG